GGCAGCUAAAACCCCGUCUCGGACUUGAAGAGCUGGGUCAGACUUCCCCAAGGGCGCGCCCCAUGCCACGACCCGAGACUGCCAGUGAGAGCGACAGCCAAGACCGCUCACCUCCGGGGCAGGGUGGCUUAGGAACCGGGAGGAAGGGUCUUUGAUCCGGGUGUGCGCCUCAGCAGCAGCCCUAAGGUCACUGGUGCAGUGUGGGUGCCUCACCUCUUAGGGGGCCUAGCCCCAGGGAGUCCCAGCCCUGGGCUGCAGACCGCACCACGUUGGAGCAGAACCCAUGGGCUGGGGUGGACUGGCCGCCUCCCCAGGGGCCUAGGCAGAGUGCACCUGCCCCUCGCCCCAUGGCGACAAUAAAGGGAAGGGAAGCUAAGGUCCUAGAGCUCCCCACCACAGGAGGGGCAGGGCUGGGCACCCCACUCAAAGACCCUUCCAGGUGGAGCCUCCCUGCUCCUUACCUUAACAGAUAACAGACCCAGAGAGGCGCAGCCACUUGCCCGAGCUCACACAGCUUGAGGACGGGCACACAUUUAACCAGGGCUCAGGCUUGGAAUCACUAAGCUUCUCGCUGAAUGCACGUGGCUUGGUGGACUCUGUCCCUCCCGAACCUCGGUUUCCCAGCCUGUAACUGGAAGGGAUGGGGCUAGCCUGCAGGUCUGGGCUUCCACAGAACACACCCGGCAGGUGGGUGAUGUCCCUGGUGGGGGAUGAGAACCCACCCGGCUGCCCCCGCAGUGGCCCGCACCUCGGAGGCCGAGCACCGUCUGUUUGAGCGGCUGUUUGAGGACUACAACGAGAUCAUCCGGCCCGUGGCCAACGUGUCCGACCCAGUCAUCAUCCAGUUCGAGGUGUCCAUGUCUCAGCUGGUGAAGGUGGAUGAAGUGAACCAGAUCAUGGAGACCAACCUGUGGCUGAAGCAAAUCUGGAACGACUACAAGCUGAAGUGGAACCCCUCUGACUACGAUGGGGCGGAGUUCAUGCGUGUCCCUGCGCAGAAGAUCUGGAAGCCGGACAUCGUACUGUAUAACAAUGCUGUUGGGGACUUCCAGGUGGACGACAAGACCAAAGCCUUACUCAAGUACACGGGGGAAGUGACGUGGAUCCCGCCGGCCAUCUUUAAGAGCUCCUGCAAAAUCGACGUGACCUACUUCCCCUUCGACUACCAAAACUGCACCAUGAAGUUCGGCUCCUGGUCCUACGACAAGGCCAAGAUCGACCUGGUGCUCAUCGGCUCCUCCAUGAACCUCAAGGACUACUGGGAGAGCGGCGAGUGGGCCAUCAUCAAGGCGCCGGGCUACAAGCACGACAUCAAGUACAACUGCUGCGAGGAGAUCUACACGGACAUCACGUACUCGCUGUACAUCCGGCGCCUGCCGCUCUUCUACACCAUCAACCUCAUCAUCCCCUGCCUGCUCAUCUCCUUCCUCACCGUGCUGGUCUUCUACCUGCCCUCCGACUGCGGCGAGAAGGUCACCCUCUGCAUCUCCGUGCUGCUCUCGCUCACGGUCUUCCUGCUGGUGAUCACCGAGACCAUCCCGUCCACCUCGCUGGUCAUCCCGCUCAUCGGCGAGUACCUGCUGUUCACCAUGAUCUUCGUGACCCUGUCCAUCGUCAUCACCGUCUUCGUGCUGAAUGUGCACUACCGCACGCCCACCACGCACACCAUGCCUGCCUGGGUGAAGGCCGUGUUCCUGAACUUGCUGCCCAGGGUCAUGUUCAUGACCAGGCCGGCAGGCAGCGAGGGCAGCGGCCAGACGCCCAGGCCCUUGUCCGGCGCCGAGCUCGCCAAUCUCAACUGCUUCGGCCGCACCGAGUCCAAAGGCUGCCAGGAAGGCUACCCGUGCCGGGACGGGGUGUGCGGCUACUGCCACCACCGCAGGGUGAAGGUCUCCAACUUCAGUGCCAACCUCGCGAGGAGCUCCAGCUCCGAGUCUGUGGACGCUGUGCUGUCCCUCUCCGCUCUGUCGCCGGAGAUGAAGGAAGCCAUCCAGAGCGUCAAGUACAUUGCUGAAAACAUGAGAGCUCAAAAUGAAGCCAAGGAGAUUCAAGAUGACUGGAAGUACAUCGCCAUGGUAAUCGAUCGUAUUUUCCUGUGGGUUUUCAUCCUGGUGUGCAUCUUAGGGACAGCGGGGUUGUUCCUGCAACCCCUGAUGGCGAGGGAUGAUGCCUAGGGACCCCACCGUAUGUGGGCCUCCGGGGCUGACGUGUGUGCGGGGGGUGCUGUUCCUUAAUAGUAACCUACUUCUUGUCAGGUACCAGCUUCGUGUUGGCAUGUCAAGGUUUACUUGUUUUCUAGUUGUCUUGAGUUUUGUCAGAAGAAUCAUGCAAGAAAAACAUCAAGGGCAUUUAUUCUAGGUAAAUGAGCAUUUAACUAGCCUUCUGGGUAAAGAAACAUCAACUUUUAAUUCUUCUACUGUUGGGAGUAACAGGCUGCGCUAUGGAACACGUAAAACUGUUCUCCCUGUUCGGUUGCGGAGGCGCGCCUGGACAGAAAACGUGUUCACUCUCACCGCGGCCCGACGGCUUCCCUAAUGUAGCCCGUAAUCGCCUGAAGCUGACACUGUUCCAGCAACACCCCCGCUACACUUGUUACAUGCAUUUCUUGUCCCGUGGUGUUCUUCCAGAGUCUAAGGGCUAUGCCUCCAUGCCGGAGAGCCUCAACUCUUUACCUUGCUAAUUAUAAACGAUCGUGCCGUAAGAAAUGACGCCAAGGCGCUCACUCACCGUUGGUGAACGUCUUAGUCUACGUAGGCUGCUGUAACAAAAGACCAGGAACUAAGUGGCUUAGAAACAACAGAAAUCGCCAUCUUACAGUUUGAGAGGCCCAGGAUCAAGGUGCCAGCAGGUCUGGUGUCUGGAGAGCCUCUUCCUCACAGGGUGUGCCCUUCCUGGGUGGUCGCGUGGCCGAAGGGCUGCUGGCUUCAGGUGUCACUCUUACGGGGCUCCUUGUUACCUCUCAAAGGCCCUCCUUCUAAUACGAUUAUGCUGGAGAUGAGGUUCAGAUACAUGAACUGGGGGAGAGGGACACAGGUACUUAGACCGUAGUAUGCACCGUCAGGAUGGUGUUUCUCAGCCUUGGUAUUACACCACGUGGGGCUGGAUUAGCAGGUGCUGGGCCGGGGCGGGGUGUCCUAUGCACCAUGGGGUUUUCAGCACCUACCCAGCAGAGGCCAAUAGAAUACCCCCUCCCCCUUCUCACUGGUUUUGACAACGGAAAAUGUCCCCUCAGAGGCAGAACUGCCCACAGUUGCGAAGCACUGCUUUAGACAGACGGUUAGGGAAGAGUAUCACACACCGGCCUUCUGAGACGGCCCGACCACCGGCAGAGAUGCUGACUCAGAGCCGAUUCGAACCUUCUCGCGGGGUGCCGUGAUGUUCUUCCUCUGCAAAAAUAAAACUGCCAGAAUCUCAGCGCACGGUGACUCAUGUUUCAAUAAGCCCAAAGGAAGAGUUCUAUAAAAUUUAUUUCUAUAUAAAAAGGGAACAGUACUGGGCAUCUAAGAGGGAUUGGGGAUAGAGGUAAGCCAAGAUAAACUAACAGGUGACUCAAAUUCGUCAAACCGGACUUUGACUCAUGAAACGGCAUUAAACACCUGCCUACAAUAAAAUGCGAAUUAGACAAGGUCCCCUCUGCCUUCCAAAGAGUGGUGACCUGAACUUAGAUGGGUUACUGCCUAUAAAUAAAUAAGGCGUUUGUUAGCUCAACAGCCAAGAGUCCUAGAUCACACGCGAGCUUUCUAUUGGCGUUUCUGCCUGGUCAUAGCUGAAUCAGGGACAUUUCUAGAGAUGAAAUGUAACAGUUUUACCUGCGACACGUUCUACUGCACUGAAUAUAGACUAUAUUACAUGAUGUCUAAAGACCCUUGCAAGUCUAAGAUUCUGUUCUUGUAAUAAUGGCUGGAAUGAGAGAAAACGGAAGCAUUGCAGGUACAGAACGGGACGCUGACACUAAAUUACGGUGCCAUCGCUACUUUUAGAAGACGGUUUUCUCACAGAAUGAUUUAGCCAUAGCUCCAUGUUUAAAAUGGGACUCACAUGAGGCCAGCGGGUGGCAUGGUGGUUAAGGUGCUGGGCUCCCACAUAGUUGACCUGGUUUGAGUCCUGGA